AUGCCGGAUGACUUUCAACUGGACAAGACUCCCAAUUUCACCCUGCCCAACCUGGCGCAAGCUGUGCCAGCCUAUGCUAACGCAAGCCUUCCUAUGCCUAUCAUCAUAGCUGCCGAGAGAGAGCCGGGUGAGCUCGUGUUUGCCGAAAACGCCACCGUCUACGAGUUCACUCCCUACGAGUUUGGCUCCUGGGCGUUUGGUAGCGACUUUAAGAGCCCUGGUGCUUUUACACCUAUGGAGUUCCUGGGAACAUCUCUAGAGAUGGCGCUGCAAAUGGGACGUGCUGGAAAGGUUACGACCAGCUUUCGUGAGGAAAGGUGCGCCAUGGGCACUUCUGCCACCCUCUUCAAUGGUGCCUUCCUCGAGCUGAACGGGACCGACACAGGCCUCCUCGGCGACUUUCUCAAUGACAUACUCGAAGACCUGGGUGAUGAUCAGCUCGAUGUUUCCCGGGUCCCGAAUCCGUUCGCCAGCUUCAACUCUGGCGACAAUCCUGUAUCCGCUUUCGAUUUCAUCACUCUGCUCAAUGCUGGCGAGACCGACCAGAAUGUUGUUCCCUUGGAACCUCUCAUCGAACCGACAAGAAACCUCGAUGCCAUCAUCGCAUUUGAUGCGUCCGGCGACACGGAUACCACGUGGCCCAAAUGGUUGCCAGAAGUGCCUAGUGUCAACGGUUUCGUGAACGGAGGGUUCAACUCCAGCCCAACGUUCUUUGGGUGUAACGACACAGAUACGCCUAUACUGGUCUUCGUCCCUUCUUAUCCGUGGACUUCCGCUUCCAAUACAUCCACUUUUCAAUUGGAGUAUAGCACAGACGAAGCCCUAGAGGUCAUGCUUUCAGGUAUGCGCUCCUUGACUCUGAACGGCACCGUCAAAUCUUGGCCAACCUGCCUCGCUUGUGCGCUAAGCGACCGUGUAUUUGAGUACACCUCUGCCAACCGUUCGUCAACGUGCCAGUCAUGCUUUGACACCUGGUGCUGGGACGGGACGGGACUGAUAAUACGACCGAGCCGGCCACUUAUACGCCAGGAACAGGGGGCGUACCUCCUUGGUUGGUGGAGCAGGGACUGGUUUAAGGGUACAAGGUGA